UCAAACACCACACAUCGGUCAUAGUCUUCCCAUAUCUUGAAGUGUGCAGUGAUCGGAUUUAUCUUCUUCUGUUCUAUCUACGAAUAGACAUCGAUAGUAGCAAUGGACAACUUUGAAUACGAUGCUUUUGUAAUUUAUAAUCCACACGGAAAAGACCAGGAAUUCGUCAGUCUUAUGACCAGAGUACUUUCAUCUCCUCCCUACAACCUCAGGCUUUAUGUACCAUGGACAGAUGAUGCAGACGAUUCUUUUGAAGCCGUGGCUACUGCAGAAAAUCUAGAGAAAAGAUGCAAGAAGGUUUUGGUGGUUGUGUCGUCUGCAUCACAAGAAAGUGAUUUAUUUCAGUUUCAACUCCGAAUUGCCCACGCUAUGUCUCCAAGUGCCAAAGCAAGAAAAAUUAUUCCUAUUCGCCUGGAUGAGACGGAGGUCCCGGAAAUGAUCCGGUUCACAACUCCCUGUGAUUACUAUAAACAGGAUCUUCGUGUAUUUAUAUGGGAUCGAAUUUUCGCAUCUUUCAAAGACUACUCUAGCUCACAGAAACGUAGGAUUACAAAGUCUAUCUCAAUUCCCGAAAAGAGAAACCUUCCGGAUGUUGUUCCUACAUUUUCACCUUUACGACGAGUGAAAUCCUGGUGGCGAAUGAGAGCAACCGUAGCUUAAGGUAAAAGAAAUGAUUUAUUGUUUCAGAAUGCAUUCUGCGUAAAAAUGAAAAAGAGUGCCAAAUAUGUCAAUGCCUAUACAUAUAUUUCUUUCAACUUAUUUCUAUUAUAACAGGUCGUGGGAGUAAAUGGUCAAGCAUGUUUUGAAGAACACUGAAAAGGCAUGAAGGUGGAAGGUCCACCUGAAAAUAUAUGACUCGGAACUCCAGUUGCCCUUUAUAAGGUUUGUUGCAAUAUAUAUCAUUACAUUAACUAUUUUUUAAUCAAAACCUCUGCCCAUUGUGAUUGGAAGCCUUUAAUGAAGCUGAAAUAUGUGUUUUAAUGACUUGUGCUAGUUUCAUUUUACAUUUAAAUUGACUUUUCUUUUACAGGUGCGUUGUGGUGGAUAUUGAAGUUCCUUGUCCUGCUUUUAAUCAUUGAACAUUGUAUUCCCAUUCUGCAUGAAAUCCAUGAUUUAAUCCGAGGAUGUGACUAUAUUGCUGUGCAAUAUUGACUCCAGCGUUACAGAACAAUUGUGUACUUUUCAUUAGGGCUUUCGGGAAUUCUGUGGAGACGCAAUCAAUGUCUGAGAGUUGUACAACACGUGAAAUCCAUUAUUGUUUGUGAUCAUUAACUUUUUAUUCGUAUCGGACAAGGAAAUAUCCUCUACAAGAAGUAAAAGAAAAUAUCAUAGAUUUAGAGAGCAGACUUAUCGGAGGAUUUUUUGUUGUUUAUUUUCUGUAUAUCAGAAAACAUUACGUCAUGCAAGAAGACCAAUGGUCUUUUCAUACAAGAACCGACUAGAGCAAAAUAUAGGAGAAAUGACUUUCAUUGUUCAUAUGUAUAUUUUUCCUGAAGAUGAAUAAGCUCUUUGAAUGUGUUAUUGACUCGUUAAGUAUUGAUGAUGUAUACAAUGUCAUUCGGAUCUCUCCUGAUUUACCAAUAAAAUUCACACUCAUGGC